AUGGCGGAUAGUAUUGUUCAAUUCGGGUUAGAAACUCUAAGUGCCCUUCUAUCUCGAGAAGCAUCACUAAUAACAGGAGUGCGCAAUGAACUAGGAGAAAUCAAGCUGGCACUCGAACGUAUGCAAGCUUUGUUGAAGAAUGCUGAUAAAAGAAAAGAAGGCAAUGAAGAAGUGAGAACCUGGGUGAGGCAAGUAAGAGAUUCCACAUAUGAUGUAGAAGACAUCAUCGACGAGUUCAUGUAUCGCAUGGAUAGACCACAAGGAGGUUUUCUCCUUAACAUCGUUCACCUCCCAAAGAAUAUCUACAACAAGCAUUGCUUCACCAUCCGACUCCAAGAAACCAAGGUUAAGGUUCAUAACCUUUUCGAUACAGGAGUUGGCUUCGGUCUCAAUCAAAUAGGAGAAGGAACAAGCUCUCAUGAUGUUAGCAAAAUGUGGCAACGUGAUGUACAAACUUCUCUUUCCUUAGAGGAAGAUGACAUUGUGGGGAUGAAGAAAGAAUUAUAUUUGAUAGUCAGAUGGUUGGUGGAGGAAGAACAACGACGCACGGUGAUUUCAGUGACGGGUAUGGGUGGGGUGGGCAAGACCACUCUUGUCACUAAAGCCUACAAGAACGAACUAGUAAAGAAGCACUUCGACUGCUCGGCAUGUGUUUCAGUCUCACAGACUCUUAGAAUCGAUGAAGUACUGCGAAGCAUCAUGAAACAAUUCCUUGAGGCCACAAAGGACGUUGUUCCAAAUGACCUAGCCACCAGUGAUGCUAGCGACUUAAGGCAGAUGAUUAAAAGACAUCUCGAAUCGAAAAGGUAUCUGAUUGUCUUGGAUGAUAUCUGGAGUAUGAAUGAUUGGAAUCAACUAAGUGUCAUGUUUCCAGACUACAGAUGCGGAAGUAGGUUAGUAGUUACAACAAGAGACAGAAAUGUGGCUUUUGCAGCCGGAGAGGGAAGCCGUGUCUGCCGGCUUGAUCAGCCUCUACAUCCAGAAGAGGCGUGGCAGCUAUUCUGUAAGAAGGCAUUUCGGAACAAACCCUGCCCUUCAGAGCUCGAGAAAUUGGCUCGAUCCAUAGUAAAAAAAUGUCAAGCUUUACCUCUUGCAAUUAUUGCGAUGGGCAGACUCCUGUCAUUGACAGAUGAGAACGUGUUUGAAUGGAGCCAAGUCUAUGAUAAACUAAGUUGGCACUUGAAUAACAAUGAAACGCUUGAACCAAUAAAGCUCAUCUUGUUGCUUAGCUUCUACUAUCUGCCUUACCGCCUUAAGCAAUGUUUCUUGUAUUGUUGUAUGUUUCCGGAAGAUUAUUUAAUUCACCGCAAGAAGUUGAUAAGGUUAUGGGUGGCAGAGGGUUUCGUUGAAGAUGCAGGUCAAGUUUCAAUGGAAGAGGUGGCAGAGGAAUACCUAAAGGAACUCAUUCAUCGUAACACACUUCAGCUUGUCGAGAUGAAUCUCUCUGGAAGGGUGAGAACUUGUCGAAUGCAUGAUAUUGUACGUGAAGUGGCCUUUUCCUUAUCUGACGAAGAAAAGUUCUGCAUCACAUGCGAUGGGAAGCAAACAGGGCAAGGGAGCAACGUACGGCGCAUGUCAAUCUACAAAUCUGGAGAAACUAUUCAACAUAGCAUGAGUAUGUCACAGCUUCGCUCUCUUUUAGUGUUUGAAGGAAGCACAUCUUUCUCAUCUUCUCUAAAUACCAUAGCAUCAAGUUCUAUGUUAUUGAGGGUCCUAGAUUUACAGGGAGUUCCUAUUGAAAGCUUACCAGAUGAAUUGACGAAUCUAUUCAAUUUGCGGUUUCUUAACUUGAAGAAUACUAAUGUUAGCGAGCUUCCAAAAUCCCUAGGAAGGUUGCAGAACCUGCAAACAUUGAAUGUUAAAAAAACAGGGAUCAGGAGGCUACCGAGUGGGGUUGUGGAGCUACAGAAACUACGCCACUUAACCGGCUAUCGACAUAAUAUGGCAGAUCCAUCGACUUUCGAGAUGGUGAGUAGCAUCCAAGUUCCUAUAGGAAUAUGUAAUAUAACAAGUUUACAAAGUCUAACAAAUAUCGAAGCAAAAGAAGGGGAAAUUGUGAGACAAAUUGGGAACUUAACCCAACUGAGAACACUUGGCAUUUCCAAGGUUAGAGCAAUCAACGGAGCUGAGUUGUGCACCUCCAUCGCCAAGCUGAAAUACCUUGUUUUCUUGGGUGUUAAGGCAAUCAACGAAGAAGAAACACUUCAAUUGGAAGAGCUCUCUCCUGAUCAUCUGCCACUUUUUCAGAAGCUUACCCUGUGUGGACGUUUGGAGAAGGUGCCUCGAUGGUUUAGGUACCUUGCGCAUCUCACCGAUUUGGGGUUGAAUUGGUCUAAGCUGAGAGAAGAUCUGCUUUCAUCACUGCAAGCAUUGCCCAAUCUGGUGCGCCUUUCUCUUGUGAAGGCCUAUGAAGGGCAGCAGUUGUGUUUUCACGAUGGAUGUGAUAGAGAAGGGAACAUUGCCAAGCAUCCAACAGCUAACUGUGUUCAGAUGUCGAGAGUUGAAGACGCUUCCAGAAGGGAUUGA